UUAUGUAUUUGAUUUUAUUUUUUUCUAUAUGACGGUGACAUAACUUCAAUAUAACACAAUAGAACAGUCUAUUCCUGGUGAAAACAUCAUCAUUUAUAAUCCUUUGUGCGAUCGAUUGCCUUAGAGGUAGUUCAUACUUAUAUAUAAAUAAGUUGCCGGCGAGUACGCCUCUCAUACGCUUAUAUUAUAGAUAUGUCUUACAUCAUGUCAUACGUAAGGGGAUGAGGAAUGAGCACAAAUUUUCAUUGAGACAGUGCUUUUCUAGGUAGAAAGGGUACAACAGACCUUCAUAGGGAGUUUAGAGGGAGCUCUUUAGUAUAUGUACAUGUUUAGCAUGCUAAAUAUGCCUACAUGUAUUUUCAACCCAACAAUAUAAUAUUGACCUUUUGAACUUACGAGUAUGUGCGCCCUAUAGAAAAACAAUGGUAGGCCUAUAUUAACUGAUAAAUCUGUGCCCGGACAGUGUUGUGUCUGUUAUCGGAACAUAAUUACAUAUACUAGAACUUAAUCGUGGCCACGAGUGUACACUUAACCUAGUUCUACUGUCAUAGUGAUAAGGAUGAUACCGUAUAAAACCAUAGUCGCCAUGGACGUAUUCAGGAUUUUGCUUAAGGGAGCGGGGAUGCUUCACAAACAAAAAAAAUCUAGAUCUAAUUGUGGCAAAAAUAAGGAUGUGGGCAAUUUUACUAAUAAUAGCUAUCCGCCACUGUGGAAAGAGCUAUUCAGCAAAGAUUGUUUCCGUUUUGCCUCUUUCCUUGGUCUCUACCCGGCAUUGUACAACUUGUUUCUUAAACUAUGUCAGAAUUACGAUCUGAAGAAGAAUGGAAUGAACUACGUCAUAUCUGGGGGUAUUGCUGGCCUGUCACUCUUUGUGGAGAGCAAUAUGAGACGAAGAACUAUUGCUCUGUUUGCACUGGCCCGUGCUGUAGGUGUUCUUGCAGAUGCCGCAAACCGCCAGGGCGUGGUCCGCCCUAUUCCCCAUGGUUACACCACCCUGUUUUGCCUCUGUUGUUCUUUCAUGGUUUACUGCACCGCCCUUAAACCACAACUGCUACAAAAAGGCUACUACUACUCGGUACUCAAGUGGUCCAGAGACUACACGAACUCUAACCUGGAGAAGGUGUUCAGAAAGCAAGGAAGCGUGUUCGUCUCGUGCGCGCGUGGUGAAAUCCACGACAAUACGUGCACUAGACAUGCCUUCCUUGACUUGCUGCAAAGCUGGCCGGGGUUUGCCAAGUUGUAUCUACCUAUUCAUGUGGCGCCAAUUCUUCUGUUCAAGAGAAAACUUUUACGUCAACAGCCUAAAAAAGUACUCAAGUCCCUAUUGAAGAACGUUGUGAUGUCAGCCACCUUUCUGUCAGCAAUGGUAAUGCUAGCCAAGUACGUUAUAUGUUUGCUUAGGAAUAUGUCGGGCAAGCCUCCCCCACUGCCGGCAUACAUCCCACUACUGGCCGGCCUCACUUGCGGACUGAGUGUUUUAUUUGAGAGGGCGUCUCGAAGAAAGGAACUUGUCAUGUUUCUUAUUCCUCACACCAUCAAUGCUCUCUUUCUACUAGGGUUGGAAAAGGGCUUUUGUAAGUACAUUCCUUAUGGGUCCGUUGUGGUGUUUGCAGCAUCCAUGAUGCCUAUUAUGCACGCGUAUGAGCGUGAGCCAGCAACGCUCACUCCUUUUAUUCGUGGAAUUCUGAGAUAUUUUGUGUCGUAGAUUGUUGAGACUUAUUAAUUGCGCCAGGUGUGCCAGGAAUACCGUCUCAACUCUGGGAUUCUCUAUGAUUGUGAAUGCCGUGGAAGUCUAUGAUGCAAGCACAGAAACGCAAAAGAUGGAUGAUUUACUGCGGCAAUAUACAAACACGUCGAAGACUAAGGAUAUCUGGAAUAUUUACAUAUCAAUAGAGAAAAAUUUUACGAAUAGAUUAUUUUGAAAUCGUACUGAUCAUCUGGUGGAUGUGUUCAAGUUCUGUAAAGUGUGGUAUUGAAUGUAUAUCACAUCGGUAUUUCAUACACUGCUCAGAUUAGCUUUAUUAUACCAUUCACUCGUGACCGAUUAAAUUUUAUAUAACGUUGGUGACCAAUUGCAAUGCCUCCAAUCUUUACCUCACCCUGAAUAAAGGCAGAGGCCCAGCGAUUGCGAAGUGCGGUUUUAUAAGUGAAAGGGUUCCAAUGUGAAUAAAUGAAUAAUAAUAAUAAUAAUAAUAAUAAUAAUAAUAAUAAUAACAUCAUCGGUGGUUCUUGACCUGCCGAUCCAUGCAUCUUGGUCCCCGCUUUCCAUAUUGAAAUCGACUGAAGAGCUCUACCUACCGUGGAUGUUUUGUACCCUCUACCAGGGCGACAGAUUGAUUUUUCACAAGAUAUUCACAGAUAUAUCUUUAG